AUGAUGGUACAAAGAUAUCCAAGCUGUAAAAUCUAUCACGCUCUUUCUUUCUUUUUAUUUCUUUCUUUUUCAUUCUUUUCACGUCUUUGUUUUUUUUCUUUCUUUUUCAUUAUUUCUUCUUUUUCUUUCUUUUCUUUUUCUUCCUUUUUCAUUCUUUUUCUUUCUUUUUCUUUCUUUCUUUUUCAUUCUUUUCACGUCUUUGUUUUUUCUUUCUUUUUCAUUAUUUCUUCUUUUUCUUUCUUUUCAUUUUUCUUCCUUUUUCAUUCUUUUUCUUUCUUUUUCGUUUUUUAUUCUUUCUUUUUCUUUCUUUCUUUUUGGUUCAUUCUUUCUUUGUGUUUCUUUUUCUUUCUUUUUUCAUUUUCCAUUCUUUCUUUUUUCUUCCUUUAUCAUUCUUUGUUCUUUCUUUUUCUUUUUCUUUCUGUUUUUCAUUUUUCAUUCUUUCUUUUUUCUUUCUUUCUUUUUUUGUUCAUUCUUUCUGUUUUUCUUUUUCUUCCUUUUUUCAUUUUCCAUUCUUUCUUUUUUUCUUCCUUUAUCAUUCUUUGUUCUUUCUUUUUUCUUUUUAUUUCUUUUUUUCAUUAUUUAUUCUUUUUCUUUCUUUCUUUUUUCUUGUUCAUUCUUUCUGUCUUUCUUUUUCUUCCUUUUUCAUUUUUCAUUCUUUCUUUACUUUUUUAUUUUUAUUUUUAUUUUUUUCAUUCUUUCUUUUUUCUUUUUCUUUCUUUCUUUGUUUUUCUUUGUUUUUCAUUUUUUCAUGUUAUCUUUUUCUUUCUUUCCUUCUUUUUUCUUGCUUUCUCUCAUGUUUUUGUCUUUCUUUUUCUUUCUUUCUGUCUUUUUUCUAUUUCUUUCUUUCUUUUUCAUUUCUCAUUGUUUCUUUAUUUCUUUCCUUUCUUUCUUUUUCUUUCUUUCAUUUUUCUUUAUUUCUUUUUCAUUCCUUUUCUGCCUUUUUUCUUUCCUUUUUCAUUCUUUCUUUACUUUUUUUAUUUUUAUUUUUUUCAUUCUUUUUCUUUAUUUCUUUGUUUUUCUUUGUUUUUCUUUGUUUUUUAUUUUUUCAUGUUAUCUUUUUCUUUCUUUCCUUCUUUUUUCUUGCGUUCUCUCAUGUUUUUUCUUUCUUUUUCUUUCUUUCUGUCUUUUUUCUAUUUCUUUUUUUCUUUUUCAUUUCUCAUUGUUUCUUUAUUUCUUUUCUUUCUUUUCCUUCUUUCAUUUUCAUUCAUUUUUAUUUAUUUCUUUUUCAUUCCUAUUCUGUCUUUCUUUUUUCAUUUUUCAUUCUUUCUUUUCUUUCUAUUUUCUUUUUCUAUUUUCUUCAUUUUUCUUUCUAUUUCUUUUUCUUUCUACUUUUCCUUUUUUAUUUCUUUGUUUUUUCAUUCUUUUUCUGUCUUUCUUUUUCUGUCUUUCCUUCUUUUUUCUUAUUUUCUUUCUUUCUUUCUUUCUUCUCUUUUCCUUCUUUCAUUCUGA